AUGUCUUAUGGUACAUGGUUAUCACCAAUACAAUCAUCUUUAAUUGUUGAAAAUACUUUAACAUUAUUAGAAAUUGAAGUUGAUGAAAAAGGAAAUGUGUAUUGGUUAGAACUUCGUCCAUUUGAAAAUGGUCGUUAUGUACUUCGUUCAAAUAAACAAAAAGAUGAUUUAAUACCAAAAACAUUUAAUUGUCGUACACGUGUUCAUGAAUAUGGUGGUGGAUCAUAUAUUGUUAAGAAUGAUAUUGUUUAUUUUUCUAAUUUUGUUGAUCAACGUAUAUAUAAAUUAGAUCUUAAAGAGAAUAAUUUACCAGUACCAUUAACAAAUGAAUCAACAAAUGCAUCAUUACGUUAUGCAGAUUUUACAAUUGAUUUAAACCGACAACAAUUAAUUUGUGUACAUGAAAAUCAUCAAAAUGAAAGUGGUGUUCAAAAUACAAUUAUAUCUAUUUCAUUAAAAAAUUCAUCAUCAUUAAUUACAUUAGAUUCAGGUUAUGAUUUUUAUUCAUCACCAAAAGUAAGUCCUAAUGGAAAAUAUUUAAUAUGGAUUUGUUGGAAUCAUCCAAAUAUGCCAUGGGAUCAAACAGAAUUAUGGAUUGGUGAAUUUAGUAAUGAAGAAAAUGUAUUGAUUAAUAAAAAAAAAUUAUUUGGAAAAAUUAAUGAAUCUAUUAUAUACCCACAAUGGUCACCAGAUGGAAAGUAUAUUUAUUUUGUUAGUGAUCAAAAUGGUUGGUGGAAUAUUUAUCGUACUAAUAUUGAUGAUCAAUCAUUAGAACAUCUUUAUCAUAUGGAAGCUGAGUUCGGUGGACCUUCAUGGCAAUUUGGUACAUCUUAUUAUGAUUUUGAUUCAAAUGGAAAUCUUGUUACUGUUUAUUGGAAAGAUGGAAUUGCUAAAUUAAAUAAAAUUGAUGUUCAAACAAAAGUACUCAUUCCAUUAACAGCUACAGAAGAAUAUACUGAUGUACGUUAUGUGCAUGUUCACAAUCAAAAUGUUUAUUUUAUUGGUUCAUCAUCUAUAAAACCAACUGAAAUUGUCGAAUUGAAUUUAGAAACAAAUACAAAAAAAGUUAUAUGUCAUUCAACGAAUUUAACAUUUGAUUCACGUUAUUUAUCUGUACCAGAAAUGAUAACAUUUAAAACCGGUGAUGAUGUUGCUUAUGGAUUUUAUUAUUCACCAAAAAAUGAUGAUUAUCAAAUACCAACAAAUGAACUUCCACCAUUACUUGUACGUACUCAUGGUGGUCCAACAUCAGCAACAACAAGUUCAUUUAAUCUUCGUGUACAAUAUUGGACAUCACGUGGUUUUGCAUUGCUUGAUGUUAAUUAUCGUGGUUCAACUGGUUAUGGACGUAAAUUUCGUGAUAGUUUAAAACAUAAUUGGGGAAUUUAUGAUGUACAAGAUUGUGUAGCUGGUGCUCAACAUCUUGUUCAACAAAAUAAAGUUGAUAGAAAUCGUUUAACAAUUGAUGGUGGUUCAGCUGGCGGUUAUACAACAUUAUGUGCAUUAACAAUGUCUGAUUAUUUUUCUGCUGGUGCAUCACAUUACGGUGUUAGUGAUCUUGAAUUACUUGCACGUGAUACACAUAAAUUUGAAGCACGUUAUUUAGAUCAAUUAAUUGGUGAAUAUCCAGCUGAAAAAAAUCUUUAUAUUGAACGUUCACCAAUAAGUCAUGUUCAAAAUUUAUCAAAACCAAUUAUAUUUUUUCAAGGUACAGAAGAUAAAGUUGUUUUACCAAGUCAAGCUGAAAUAAUGGUUAAUGCAUUACGUGAAAAAAAAUUACCAGUUUCAUAUGUUUUAUUUGAAGGUGAACAACAUGGUUUUCGUAAAGCUGAAAAUAUACGAAAAAGUUUAGAUGGUCAAUUUUAUUUUUUUUCAAAAAUAUUUCGUUUUCAAAUGGCUGAUCAUGUUGAGCCGAUUCCAAUUGAGAAUUUACAAAAUGAUUAG